AUGGUCAUUGCGGCAUCCGUGCUUUUUUUUCUGGUAACUAUAAUAUUUAACGGCCUCGCUGGCUCUGGCAGAGGGCCCUUUUCACAAAGUACAGGCAACGUGUCGGCUCAAUAUGACACGGAAAUUACUCCGGCGGGAUGGACUUUUUCUAUCUGGGGCGUUAUCUACGCUUGGCUGUCUGCAAUGCUCAUUUACAUCUUGACUGGUUUUUGCAGAAGGACUUCUUAUGAUUGGAUGUACUGUAGUCCUGCAGUCUUGCCGUAUGCCUUCUUCCUGUCAUGUAUGCUGAACAUGAGUCUGAACGUCACAUGGCUGUUCCUCUGGGACAGAGAGCAGAUGAUUGCUGCAGUAAUAGUCCUGGCACUGAUUGCUUUCACCAGCUAUCUGAUGAUUCUCUUUUCCUGCCAUGUCCUGUAUUUGUACGGGGCCUGGCUUCACCUCCAGCACCCAGCGGACCUCUGGCUUGUUCGUGUGCUGGUCCAGAAUGGCAUUGGUUUAUAUGCGACAUGGACUACAGUAGCCACGCUGCUCAACUUCACUGUCGCAUUACAGCACAACGCAGGCGUGUCUAAGUACGAUGCAGCCACUGUGGCUCUGGUCCAACUCCUAGUAGAGGUCAUCCUGUGCUUGAGAGGCCUACCAUCAUGGGGACUUUGGUGUGACCGUGUCCAGCUUGAGAGGCCUGCCAUCAUGGGGACUUUGGCGAACCUCGUGCUAGAGACGCACCUACGAUAUCUCCUUAUCAUCUACCCCGUGGUUAUCUUGGCUCUGAUUGGCAGUCUGACCAAGGACUAUGACGUGGUGUCUCCCAGCCGGAAUAACAUAUUUACAGCGGCCCUGUUGGCCUUUGCCUGUGUGCUGUUUAUUGUCCGAAUCGGGCUGGUCGUCCGAGACAUCAAAAGCAGCCCCUUUACCAAG